GUUCGGCGGGCUCAAGGGGAGAAGCGCUACCGCACCAUGGCUCUCUUCUAAGCGCGUAUAUUAACACAAGUGUGAUCAAUUUAACGGCAAUCCGUCACCAUCCGCGCCUUAAUAAUGGACUUACAGUCGAGAGGCUUGUUCUGGGACCAUCCACUCUGUCAGCAGUAACUGUAACUUUCUAGAGAACACACUACAGAAGGACUCUUCCUGAGGGCUUGAAUAUACCCCAGAAAUUUUGAAUACUAAUUAAGAGUUUGGCAGGCAGGUCUGAGGCCCCCUCAUGCAGAACCACAGGAAAUGAAUAAACCACCUCAGCCUAUAACAGGACCCCCUGCUGUUCCCCACCCUGCUCAAUCGCCAGGACUGACACCGACACCAUAUCCAGGCCAGCCUCCUUCUGUUGUCUUUCCUGGCCCGUCUCUACAAAUGAACACUGCACCGCAACCCAGACAGUUUGCCCCAGGUCCUCGUGCUUUACACCAACAGGGUGGAUUCAGGUCACUGCAGCAGUACUACACCAACCGGUCCAGUAUGCAAGGCAGUGCCCCUCGGGUCCCAUCCAGUAGCACCACCCGGUCUGUUGGACCCACACACGUCUACCAACCUACCUCACAGGUGAUGAUGAUUCCCCCGCAACAGUUGCCGUUCACCAACACUCAGGGCCAUGCCUAUUUCGUACACGGACAGUACCGUGCCCCCUUUAUGCCCCAGGCCCAGCAGUACUCGGUACCCAGCGGAACCACAGGCUUCUAUGCUGGAAGCAGUCCAGCUGAAUACGGUACAUAUGAUCCCUCUCUGGUAGGGAGGGAAAGGCGGGGGGGUGGGGGGAGAGGUGCGGGCCGAGAGAACGGACGUCUCUCGCUGCAUGGAGCUCCUCUCACCUCCCAGCGUUAUCCUGCAGCUGCCUAUUACCCUGCGACACAGCAGUAUUCUACAUCGGUUCCCCCCUCUUCUGUCAUGAUCCCCGCUCCGCAGCAACCUCCUCCAACUCCACCUCAAGGUCCACCUCAGCCGCCGGGACAAGUCAGGAGAGAGCGCAAACAGAUCAGAAUACGUGACCCCAACCAGGGAGGACGUGACAUCACGGAAGAGAUCAUGUCUGGUGGGAGAACGACCUCCACUCCCACUCCUCCACAGACUGUUGGCUCAGAGGCAGGAAGUCCAGUUCAGACUAAUGGUGAAAGUGUUUCACCUGUUGCUUCUGUGAUCAGAUCUGAUGAUCUGGAGAAACCAGUGGCCACUCCUGCAGCUGUCCCUAUCCCUCCUCCAUCAAAGACACCAGAGCAAGUACCCGCUGCUCCUUCAGCUGCAGACUGCCGACCUGUGUUGGAGGGCAGACCAGAUUCAUCAGUGAUCAAGGUUUCCAUUCCUUCAGGAGAGGACCCUGAUUCUAUCACUGCGGUUUCCGUGGCAGCUUGCUAUUCUGUGCGGCUUCCAUCUCCUUCAGCUUCUCCUCCUCCUACGAACAAUUCAAAACCUUCAGAGCCUCAAACUGGCGACUGUGUGGAUGCUGCAGUGGUCCCUGAGGCCCCUGCUCAAAAUAAGGAGCCUGAGGAGUCCUCCCCUCCUAUGGAGCAGACUUCUACUGAGGUUGAAAAAGAAGACCCCGAGGUAGCGAAGGAGAAAGAGUCAGAGCCUGUGGCCAGCACAGAGGAGUCUUGCCCAGCUAUGGUCAUUUCCGCCCCUGUGGAGGCUCUUCCUGCUGUUGCUAAUGGCAGCGAGGAAGCUUCUGAGGACUCCACCCCUGUAACCAUGGAGACUCCUGUAACAGAGCCAGUCAUUGGUGAGCCAAAUGAACAGCCUUUGCUUAACGGUUUGCCUCAGGACUGUGCAGAGGUUCCUGAAGUUGAUGUGAAGCCAGAGUGCUCCACUAAUCCAGCUGCUGAACAAGCAGCUCCUCAGGUCCAGCAGAUCUGCCUUACAGCUGUGAAUGCACCUGUGGAGGAAGAGGUUGAGCAGAAAGCAGAGGAGACUCUCGCCCCUGUAUCAAGCUGCCCUGUUGAGGAGACAACUAAGCAAGCUGCUGCCGCAACAAUGGUGCCAAGGAAGAAAAAGAAGAUGAAGGAACUGAAUAAGAAAGAUGUCGGAGAUGUCCUAGAUGCCUUUAAAGAGCCAGAGGAGGAGAAGCCUGCUCCUGAGCCAGAGGUUGCUCAGAAAGAGCUCUCCCCAGCUCCAACCCCUGUCCCACCAGCAGAGGAGUCAGAGGAAACAUGGGAGGAGAAAGAGGACAAACUUGACACAGAGAAUAUUAAUCCUGAGACACCAAAAGCCGUGGAACAGAAAUAUCAAUAUAAAGAAGAGCAGUGGAAGCCCAUUAACCCAGAGGAGAAGAAACAAUAUGAUCGGGAGUUCCUGCUUGGUUUCCAGUUCAUCAGUGCAAGCAUGCACAAGCCUGAGGGUUUGCCACACAUCAGUGAUGUAGUGUUGGAUAAGGCAAAUAAAACCCCCUUGCGGCCUAUGGAUCCCAGGAGUGUGAUGAACUGUGGGCCUGACUUCACACCCUCAUAUGCUAACCUGGGCAGACAGUCAUCUGGAGGAGGUCGAGGACCGCACUCCUCCCAGUCUGGAAGGCGCCCACAGCCGGGUCGAGGCAAAGAGCAACCCCGUAACCCCAAGAUCAUCACCAGUGUGUCUAUUAAAGACAACGUGGAACUCAACCAGGCUGAGAACGCUUGGAAGCCUUCGGUCAAAAAGCAAGGCAAAAGCAGAGGAGCAGAGGAAGAGGAGGAUGACACGGACGCUGGAAAAACGCAGGAGCUUUUCCGCCGCGUGCGCAGCGUCCUUAACAAGCUCACGCCACAGAUGUUCCAGCAGCUGAUGAAGCAAGUGACUGAGCUCUCCAUAGACACUGAAGAGCGGCUCAAGGGUGUCAUUGACCUCAUAUUCGAGAAAGCCAUCUCAGAACCCAACUUCUCUGUAGCUUAUGCCAACAUGUGCCGCUGCCUUAUGGGGCUUAAAGUCCCCACUUCAGACAAACCGGGAGUCACUGUGAAUUUCCGUAAACUGCUGCUCAAUCGUUGUCAGAAGGAGUUUGAAAAGGAUAAGGAUGAUGACGAGAUCUUUGAGCAGAAACAGAAAGAGCUGGAUGCUUCCACUGAGGAAGAGGAACGCCAGCGCCUCAAAGAAGAGUUGGAGGAUGCCAAGGACAAGGCACGUAGACGGUCACUAGGCAACAUCAAGUUCAUAGGAGAACUGUUCAAACUGAAAAUGCUGACAGAGCCCAUCAUGCAUGACUGUAUUGUGAAGCUCCUGAAGAACCAUGAUGAGGAGAGCUUAGAGUGCCUCUGCAGACUUCUAUCCACUAUUGGCAAAGACCUAGACUUUGAGAAGGCCAAGCCUCGUAUGGACCAGUACUUCAACCAGAUGGGGAAGAUCAUUAAAGACAAGAAGACGUCUUCUAGAAUACGCUUCAUGCUUCAGGAUGUUUUGGACCUCCGACAGAACAACUGGGUGCCCAGGAGAGGAGAUCAGGGUCCUAAGACCAUUGAUCAGAUCCAUAAAGAGGCUGAGAUGGAAGAACACAGAGAGCAGGCCAAAGUACAGCAACAACUUCUGUCUAAGAAAGAUUCGAGUCAGGGUCGAGGGGGCCGUGGCGGCCCGCACUCCUCUGGGGGCCGUGGUAGCCAAACACAGGAUGAGGGCUGGAACAUUGUGCCUAUUACCACCAAGAACAGACCGAUUGACACCAGCCGCCUCAGUAAAAUUACAAAGCCUGGUGAUUUUAACAACCAGCUUUUGGCUCCAGGAGGAAAGGGCUCAUGGGGCAGCUGGGGCAAAGGGAGCAGUGGUGGGACUGGAGCAAAGUCCACUGGAGAACAAGACCAGGGAAGACCUGCCACUAGCACACUCAACCGCUUCUCUGCAUUGCAGCAGUCUGCACCCUCUUCAUCCUCUUCUUCAGCAGACUCGGAUCGCAGAGUGCCUCAAAGGAGUAGCUCCAGUAGGGACAGAAACGACAGAGAUCGUGGUGACAGAGAUCGCGGUGAUCGCGACAGAGAUCGUUUUGAGCGCUUCGAUAGUAGGCGUGAGGACCGGGACAGAGGCCUGGACAGACCCCAUCCGGCCCUCACCAAACGCAGCUUCAGCCGUGAAAAUGAAGAACGUAGAGGUGACAGCCGUGGAGCAUCAGAUUCCGUACGCCGUGUGUCCAGCAUGACGGAGAAUCGCGACAGAGGUAGUCGUGAGCGUGAAAGAAGCAAAGAGACAGUGAAACCCAUGGCGGCUCCUCCACCCCCUGCUCAAGCCAAACCAACUCUGAGUGAGGAUGAGCUGGACAAGAAAUCCAAAGCAAUCAUUGAAGAGUAUCUCCACAUCAGUGACAUGAAGGAGGCAGUGCAGUGUGUGCAGGAGCUGAACAGUGCCCCUAUGCUCUUUGUGUUUGUACGGAAUGGUGUGGAAUCCACACUGGAGCGCAGCACCAUCGCUAGAGAGCACAUAGGUCAGCUGUUUCAGAAGCUUGUUAAGGGAGGAAUACUACCUGCUGAUCAGUACCACAAGGGACUACAGGACAUUCUAGAAAUAGCAGAUGACAUGGCCAUCGACAUUCCUCACAUUUGGCACUACUUGGCUGAGAUCAUCACACCCAUGUUGCAAGAGGGGGGCAUCCCCAUGGGCCAGCUCUUCAGGGAAGUGUCCAAACCUCUUCUGUCUACUGAAAAAGCUGCUGUCCUGCUGGUGGAAAUACUUCAUAUUCUCUGCAAAGGAAUAAGUCACAAAAAGGCUGGAACCAUGUGGUUUGAGGCGGGACUCAGCUGGAAAGACUUCCUGCCAGAGGAUGAGGAUGUCAAUAAAUUUGUUACCGAGAAGAAUAUGGAGUUCACCCUUUGUGAAGAGUCUAAGAUGCCCAGUAAGAAAGAGCUGACUGCAGAGGAGCUGAGUAAACAUUUGGACAGGUUGUUUCAGGAUAAAGCCAACAACCAGAGGAUCAAUGACUGGGUAGAGGCCAAUUUAGAAGAGGAGCAGAUAAACUCCAAUCAGUUUGUGCGGGCCUUAAUGAUGGCUGUGUGUCAAUCUGCUGUUAUAUGUGAGAAUCCCUACAAGGUGGAUGUGGAGCAGAUUAAUCUAAGGUCCAGGCUGCUACUCAAGUACCUGCAUGAUGAAUCAAAGGAGCUGCAGGCCCUCUACGCUCUCCAAGCUCUCAUGGUGCGGAUGGAACAGCCGGCUAAUUUACUGCGCAUGUUCUUCGAUGCCCUGUAUGAUGAAGACGUGAUUAAAGAGGAGACCUUCUACAAAUGGGAGUCCAGUAAAGACCCAGCUGAGCAGCUAGGGAAGGGUGUGGCCCUGAAGUCCGUCACUGCCUUCUUCACCUGGUUACGGGAGGCAGAGGACGAGUCUGACAACAACAGCUAAUCCUGGACUGAGGUGGCCCACGUAGCACUGGAAGGGAACCAGUGCCUGGGACUAACGAGAGGAUAUCUGACAACCAAGUUGACGUUGAUCCUCAUAAAGCCAAUCUGAUCUGUGCAGGGUGGCUCUUGAUGGAUACAAACUACAAUCAUUUCUUUGCUCUCUAUAUAUCUCUUGUGGCUAAUGUCCACUGAAAACAAAAUAAAAUGUAAAAAAAAAAAAAAAGAUUUCUGCAGGACUGCUUGAACAUGUUAACAAUUCAUCGUCAUUUAUAUUUUAUGAGAAAUUGAAAACCGUACAAACCAACGCUGCUCUCAUGUUAAUAUAGAUUUAUAUGCAAUGUGAUAUGACAGACCAGAUAUGGAGUCAUAUAUUUUGUGUAGAGGGCAUGAUGGUGAUCAUGCCUUUUUAGGUUUGUAAUGUCAGAUCAAACAUGGAGCUCUUACAUAAGGAUUUAAUUAUCUUUUGUGUGAGUGCGUGAGGAUUCGUGUUUUUAAGUCCACAAAGAUAAUGGUAUACGAGCGUAGUAUUUGCUGACUUCUCAAAGUGAUGGAUGAAAUUUGAGUAGCGUUUGUAUUUCCCCUUUUUUGCUUCCUGUAUAGUCUAGUAAGGGGUGGAUCUGUUGAAUUUCAGGUUGAUGCUGAAUGGACUUUGACCUUUUUGACCUUUCAUGCUGCUGGAAGAGGAGGGGGUGGAGGGGUCCAACAUGCUUCCUAACUAAGCCAUCUGUGUCCUGCCUCCUACCCCAAGAUUUUGCAUCUUGCCUCUCCUGAAGAACUGAUCAGGGUCUUCAUGGAAGCCCUGCUUGAGCAAGCCUGCAGUGGAUUUUAAGAGAAAUCAUUAAAACUUGAAGCAUAUAGAAAAAUCUACUUGAUGAAAUGACAGUAAUGAUCCUAAAGCCUUUUCUACUUGCAAAGUGGAAACACAUUUCAGGAGCAUUCUGUACAUAUAUAUAUAGAUAUAUAUAUAUAUAUAUA